CCUCAUCUUCUUUCUCCUCGGGGAGGAGGAGCCGACUGGCUGAUGAGACGCGUCUGCCAGCAAGCGGUUGUGGUGUCGCCGUCGCCCUUAAUCCAGCCGUCCCGGUCUCGCCCUAGCGGGUCUGGAGCUAAAGAGAGAAGCGGAUACAGGCUGUGCAAGCCCCGCGCUUCCUUCUCCCACCCUAAGUGGGCCUGACCCAUCCCUAGAAGGCAAGUCAUACAAGAUCUUAGACUUUCUCCAGACUGGUUAAGAUAUCUAGACAGUGGUAGUGCAUUAACCCUAAUUUACCUGCCUAAGGUCUUACCUUUGUGUGAAAUAUCUCCACGUAAAAAUGGCAGCAAAUAAGCUCAAAAGUCAAAAUUCUUUGGCUCUGCAUAAAGUAAUUAUGGUAGGCAGUGGGGGAGUAGGAAAAUCUGCAUUGACUUUACAAUUCAUGUAUGAUGAGUUUGUAGAAGAUUAUGAACCUACCAAAGCAGAUAGCUACAGAAAAAGAGUGGUCCUGGAUGGAGAAGAAGUUCAGAUUGAUAUAUUGGAUACAGCAGGACAGGAAGACUAUGCUGCAAUUCGUGACAACUAUUUUAGAAGCGGAGAAGGUUUUCUCUGUGUAUUUUCGAUUACAGAGCUUGAAUCUUUUGCUGCUACAGCUGACUUUAGAGAGCAGAUUUUAAGAGUAAAAGAAGAUGAAAAUGUGCCAUUUUUGCUUGUGGGCAAUAAAUCGGAUUUAGAAGAUAAAAGACAGGUUUCUGUAGAAGAAGCAAAAAACAGAGCUGAUCAGUGGAAUGUUAACUAUGUGGAGACAUCUGCUAAAACACGAGCUAAUGUUGACAAGGUAUUUUUUGAUUUAAUGAGAGAAAUCAGAGCAAGAAAGAUGGAAGAGAGCAAAGAAAAGAAUGGAAAAAAGAAAAGGAAAAGUCUAGCCAAGAGGAUCAGAGAAAGAUGUUGCAUUUUAUAAUCAAAGUUUCAAACUCUUUUCAUACUUUGACCACAAUAAAAUCCAUUGACAUAGAGCAUGCCAUUUGGAGGCUGUUAUGACUGAAAUCACUCUUAAUAGUUUGGAAAUUCUAAUAUACCACUUAAAGCAUGCAUUGGGACAACACUGAAGUCUUUCACCGAAAAAAAAAAAAAAUCUAAUAUAGCUUCAAGAGAAGCAGAAUUCAAUCCAUGUUAUAACUCGCCUCCUUUUACCAUGGUUCUUCUGAAUGUAGAGGGUUUUUUCCCCCCAUGGGCAGUUUCUUGAACUGUGAACAAAUAAGCAUUACUUUCUAUGUUUCUCUUAAAAGCAUAUACUUUUAUAUCAUCAAAUUUUCACUUUAUUUCUUACUGCCUUGAAAACUACAAUGGUGGUGAAAACUAAGCAAAGGUAGUAUAUAAGCUUUUCUUUUUGCUGUUAAAAAUUAUGCAAAUUAGGGAAGAGAAACUAGCUAUGUUCUCCGCUUCUAUUGGGAGUCAUUUAUACAUGGACUUAGCUUAGAUUAAUGGUAUAAACUUAUGAGAAUAUUUGAAUAUGCCUUAAUUUAAAAAACUGAGAAGUUAAUGUAGUUAAGGGUAUAUCUUCCUUGCAACACACUAAAGUGUAUGUGUGCAUCAUUGUGAAAUGAUAUCUUGUAGUGUGAAGUGCAGUUUUUGUGAGCAAUUUUGCUAGCUAACUAGCAGUACAUUUGAUGAGAAAAGUGUGCCAUACUCUGGAUUGUGAAUUAUCCAGAAUAUACUGUUUCCUUGCUUUAGUGAAAAUUGCUUUAGUGACAAAGCCAAUUGAUAAAUCUGAGAUUAAAUUUAAAAAUGAAGAGGGUGCAGCACAUUUCAGUUAGAAGUGUUCACUUACUUCUUAAUUCACAGAUACUGACAUUUACUUCUGUAAGUAUUUCAUGUCUGCAUAUUUGUGAAGGAUAUUUUCUCAGGUAGGGGAGCACUAUGGAUUUCAAAAGCACAAAUAAGGUCCCGCUCUGAAGGCUAUCAGAAAAAUACAUUAAAAUUGUCAGGGUUUUUUUCUCCAUUCUAACUUUGGGAAUAUUUACUGUAUAUUGUUUAAUGGAAACAUACUCUUCUGGUUUAUAUCAGUCAACUGACUACCUUCCUUUGCAGUAUAAAAAUACUGAUGAUAUGCUUCCAAAAUCCUCAUUAAUAUAUUAAAAAUGAAUUGUCUUCAGUUCUUCAUUGUAAGGACUACUACCACAAUGUUAAUAAGUGGAACUGAGUUUAAGAUAAACCACCAUCUCUGAGGCUUUUAAGAAUCUUGGGUUUCAGUAUAAAAGUUAGAUGACUUCCAAAAUGCUUUUUAAAUAUAUCUGUGUAAGCCUAUGUCUGAGCAAAAUAGACAGCACAUGUAUCUAACAUGCUGAUAGACCUUAGUGAUGUGGCUGUUUAGAGAACAUUUGUUCAUCAAGAAAUUUUGUGUAUACAUCCUGCAGUAGAUGUUAUCAUGUGCAGAAUUAGUUCUUGAUGUGGCUGACAAAGCAGAUUGGUCCUCAUUGUGUAUUUGUUUUCAGUCUGACUAACCAAGGGAGUUCAACCACUAGCAUUAUGAUGUUUGUGUAAUGGGAACCAAGGUGUUAUGAAGCCAAUGGACACAUAUAAUAACAAUUGUCAUAGGCUGAUGCCUUACCAAACUCUUUUUAUUUGCUAUUUGAGCCAUUGACUAUGAAUAAACUUUCAUUUUUUAAAAAAA